AAAAAAAACCAUAACUGAGCUGCGAUAAAUACUUAAAAAUUUAUAAAAAAAAGCUAUGGCGUAUCAAGAAAAUGUUGAUGAACUUUUGUCAGAUGCAUUGUCAUUUAAUAAUGAAUUUAAAACAUGUAAUACAAUUCAUAAUUUACCAUGUAAUGACGAUUUUUUACGAUUAAGUGGUCAUAUGAUUCCAACAAUUUAUGGUAUUGAAACAAUUACGAUACCACAAUUUAUUACUACAAAAAAGACGGAAAAAUUGCCAUCGGAAACAAAAUAUUUGAUGAAAAGUAUAUUAUCUAUCAAAAAUAGUUAUUUAGAUAAAAUAAAAAAUGUUUUGAAUCGAAUUUAUCCACUGAUUGUUAUCAAUAUCAAUAAAUUUCAUACCUUACGUUUAAUUUAUGAUUGUGAAAUUAAGGAAAUUGAUCGAAAACAACGUAUACGACAGUCAGUAUUUGCUGAAAUGUUUAAUUUAACAUUACAACGGAUUGGACAUGAUAUUAAAGAUCCUAAAAUCCUGUAUAAAUUUUUAACAUUAUUGUCCGAGCCACUUGAUUGGGUUGAUUAUUAUAACAUUAUAAAAAAAUAUUGUCGCGUUAAUUUUAUGGUCUACAAAAUAAAUUUACCAACAGCAAAAUUAUUUGUACAUAAUUCUGACCUUAAUUCAACGCCACUUAUUUUAUUACGCUUUACAAAUAGUAAAGUCAUUGAUCUUAUUGAUAUAUAUGAAAAAGGUUCUCAAUUAUUUCAAAAAUAUAUGAAUUUAUGAAAAAUUGAUUGCUAU